UCUUCACAGGAGCUUUACCCAAGUGCUCUGUAUGAGUGGCCACUCAAAUUUUGUAGCUUGUGUGUGCAUCAUACCUCCAAAUGAAGUCUCUCCUCAUGGACUGAUUGCAACUGGUGGCAAUGAUAAUAUUAUUUGUGUUUUUACCGUUGACAACCCCACUCCCCUUUAUGUCCUUAAGGGACAUACGGACACGGUUUGCAGCCUUUCGCAUGGAAAACAUGGUUUAUUAUUGAGUGGUUCCUGGGACAUGACGGCCAGAGUUUGGGUUAACGAAACGUCAUUGAUGAUUUUACAGGGUCACACGGCUGCCGUAUGGGCAGUGAGUGUGUUGCCUACAGAUGGAUUGAUGUUGACCGGUUCAGCUGACAAAACUAUUAAACUGUGGAAGGGAGGCAAAUGUGAAAGAACGUUCACUGGACAUGAAGAUUGUGUGAGAGGUUUAGCUGUUAUUAGUGACAUGGAAUUCCUUUCCUGUUCUAAUGAUGCAAGUGUUCGAAAAUGGCACAUCUCUGGCACGUGUAUGCAGGUGUAUUAUGGACAUACAAAUUAUAUAUACAGCAUCUCUGUCUUGCCCCAGUCUAAAGGUUUUGUAACUACUGGAGAGGACAGAACUGUUAGAAUCUGGAAGGAAGAGGAGUGUGCUCAAACAAUCAGACUUCCUGCUCAAUCUGUGUGGUCCUGUUGUGUGUUAGACAAUGGUGACAUUGUAGUUGGUGCAAGUGAUGGAGUUAUAAGAGUGUUUACAGAGGCUUUCGAACGUACAGCAAGUACUGAGGAGAUUGAAGCUUUUGAAAAGGAGCUUUCCCAAGCAUCCAUUGACCCUAAAAAUGGUGAUUUAGGAGAUAUUAGGGCUAGUGACCUUCCUGGAAGAGAGUGUCUUAAGGAACCUGGAACAAAAGAUGGACAGACACGGAUUAUUAAAGAUAAUGGGAAGGUAGAAGCAUAUCAGUGGAGUGUUAGAGAAAGAAGAUGGAUAAAGAUUGGCGAUGUUGUUGGUUCUUCUGGAGCCACACAACAAACGUCUGGAAAGGUUUUAUUUGAAGGAAAGGAGUAUGACUAUGUUUUCACUAUUGAUGUAAAUGAAAGUGGGCAUUCCUACAAACUGCCAUAUAACAUCACAGAAGAUCCCUGGCUGACUGCAUACAACUUCCUGCAGAAGAAUAACCUCAGCAGCGUGUUUCUGGAUGAGGUGGCCAGGUUCAUCAUGGACAACACGAAGGGGCAGGCACUGCCCAGCACAAGUAGCCAGUGCUCAGAUCCAUUUACAGGUGGUGAACGUUACAUUCCAGGCUCUUCAUCUGGACCAAGUACAAUAACUGCAGCAGAUCCGUUUACAGGUGCUGAUCGCUAUACUCCUGCUGCAUCAGAUGUAGCUGCAGUGGGUGGUGUUGACCCAGAUGCAGGAAAGGGAGCCUCCCAAUCAGCCAAAGCUGAAGUUAAAAAUCCUUAUUUUCCAGAGAAGGAUGCUGUGACCUUUGACCAGGCCAAUCCUAUACAAAUACUGGACAAAAUAAAGGAACUUAAUGGCAAUGUAACUGACAAACAUAAGCUUACAGAAGAUGACUUGGUAACACUUAAGAACUUACUGUCUGCAGCAUCCAAAACCUCUGCUGAAACACCUACAGAACAGCAACUUCAGACCUUAUGGAAAGCAAUUAACUGGCCAGAAGAUGUUGUCUUUCCAGCCCUAGACAUUCUUAGAUUGUCUGUCAGACAUCCCACUGUGAUUGAGAACUUCGCCAAUGAAAAGGAUCCUGCACAAUUUAACAUCCUUCUUAAAUUCCUGAACCCUAACGGAAAGCCAGCAAACCAGCUGUUGGCACUUCGAGCCCUUUGCAAUUGUUUUGUCUGCCAGGCAGGCCAGAAGCUGGUGAUGGAGCACAGAGAUGAAAUACUGACACGGGCAGUGGAAAUGAGGUCGGGCGGCAGCAGGAACCGCCACAUCGCGCUCGCCUCGCUGAUGCUGAAUUACGCCGUGUGCUUACGGAAGGCGAACAACACUGAGGGCAAGUCUCAGUGUCUGUCAGGAAUCAGCACGGUUAUGAAAGAUGUUAAAGAUCUUGAAGCCAUCUUUAGAUUGCUUGUGGCUAUUGGGACUCUACUCAGCGAUGAUACAGAUGCUGUGCAAUUAGCUAAGUCCCUCGGAGUUGAGUCUCAAAUAAAACAGUAUGCCUCCGUGUCAGAACCGGCUCAUGUAAAGGAAUGCUGUAAGUUUGUUCUCGGUCUGCUGUAA